CCUUACACUAGCCACUCCUGGUACUCACACCACAACAGCAAAAAAAAUUUAGAAAAUUAAGCAAAUUUUCUGCAUUUGUUUGAAACAUGGCGGGUCUAGGGUCACUGGCUCUUCUUGCAUUGCUUAUUUCAGCUUUCCUCGCUGUUUCUGAAAGUCGGAUAGUGAGAAGGGAUCUGGAAUUGAAUUUAGGUAAUGGUCUCGGUAUUGGAAUUGGGCUUGGUGCCGGCAUUGGCAUUGGAUUAGGCGGAAGUGGUUCUGGUUCUGGUUCUGGUGCUGGUGCUGGUUCUGGUUCGGGCUCAGGCUCUAGUUCGAGUUCAGGGUCAAGCUCAUCUUCGUCAUCCGGAUCCAGCUCAGGUAGUUCAGGGGGGUCUGGGGCAGGCUCGGAAGCUGGUUCAUAUGCUGGGUCGCAUGCAGGAUCAAGAGCUGGUUCAGGUUCUGGCGGAAACCAAGGAGGCGGAUCAGGACGUGGGGAGGGAUCAGGACGAGGAGAGGGAUCAGGAUCCGGAAAUGGUUCGGGUGAAGGUGGUGGAUAUGGAUCAGGGCAUGGCAGUGGACAUGGCAAAUGAACAUGCAUGCAAGCAAAUUUGCUAAGGCUGCAUCAUGCAUGUACCAUGCUUUUCUUUACAAAGAGGACUAAGGUGUCUCCUAUGAACUAAUAAAAUUUGAUCAAUAUAUAUAGCUGAAUGGUCUUUUCUUAAGGUCAA